AUGUACACGGAAGCGUCUGUCAGGUAUCUUGCAAGUCUGGGAGUGACCAAACAAGCUGUUUUCGCAUUGGCGACGGAUGGCCUUGAAGGAGCUGUACUUAUGGCUUGGUGCUCGAGCGACUCCGAGACCGUCUACAUCGUUGAGCGCAACGUUCAAACGUUCAACAUUUCCUCGCCCAUCGAGAUCUACCAUUUUGUCACGGUCCUUCUGCGUCUGCGAGAAUAUGGGGACACAAAGCUGGAGGAUGCAGUCUUGAAGGUAUUAGAAGUGGAUGGAUUCCAACAAAAGAGCUGGAGUAAAACGGCACAGUUUAAUAAGGUGGAAUGA